AUGUUGGAAAGGAUUCUCCCCCAGGCUGAUGAGGGAAGCACGUGCCCUCCGGGGAACCCUCAGUCUCUUCUUGUUCCCCUGGGGACCUGGCUGCCCAGCUCCACCCCUACCUCCAUCUGCCCUCGGCGGCUUAUCGUCAAUGUGCCCAUCUCGCCUCCUGCCCAGCAGCACUACUCAGAGACCAGGACACUCCAGAGACCCAAAGACAUCAUGCUCCCAGUGACCUCCUCAUUGUGGACUUUCUCCUUUGGCCUUGGAGCUUUCAGUGGCCCCAGGAUCUUUGACAUUCGCUUCCGGGGAGAACGACUAGCUUAUGAGAUCAGCCUCCAGGAGGCCUUGGCUGUCUAUGGUGGAAAUUCUCCUUCUGCUCUGCGAAGCCGGUACACAGAUGGUGGAUUUGGCUUGGGUCACUUCUCUUCAACCCUGACUCGGGGGGUGGACUGCCCCUAUGGGGCCACCUACAUGGACUGGCACUUCCUUCUGGAAUCACACAUCCCCAAGACAAUACGCGAUGCCAUUUGUGUGUUUGAACAGAACCAGGGCCUCCCCCUGAGGCGACAUCACUCAGAUAUCCACUCCCACUAUUUUGGGGGCCUUGCAGAGACAGUGCUGGUGGUCAGAUCUGUGUCGACCAUGCUCAACUAUGACUACGUGUGGGAUAUGGUCUUCCACCCCAACGGGGCCAUAGAAGUCCGACUCCACACCACCGGCUACAUCAGCUCAACCUUCCUCUUUGGUGCUGCCCGAAGGUACGGGAACCGGGUUGGGGAGCACACGCUGGGCACGGUCCACACCCACAGCGCCCACUUCAAGGUGGAUCUGGAUGUAGGAGGACUGGAGAACUGGGUCUGGGCUGAGGACAUGACCUAUGUCCCCACGGUGGUCCCCUGGAGCCCCGAGCACCAGGUGCAGAGGCUGCAGGUGACCCGGAAGCUGCUGGAGACCGAGGAGCAGGCCUCCUUCCCCCUGGGAGGCGCCCCGCCCCGCUACGUGUACCUGGCCAGCAACCACAGCAACAAGUGGGGUCACCCGCGGGGCUACCGCAUCCAGGUGCUCAGCUUUGCAGGGGAGCCACUGCCCCAGAACAGCUCCUUGGAGAGAGCCUUCAGCUGGGGGAGGUACCAACUGGCCGUGACCCAGCGGAAGGAAGAGGAGCGCGGCAGCACCAGCAUCUACAAUUUGAAUGAUCCUUGGUCUCCCACCGUGGACUUCGCUGACUUCAUCAACAACGAGACCAUCGCAGGGCAGGACCUGGUGGCCUGGGUGACAGCUGGUUUCCUGCACAUCCCACACGCGGAAGACGUUCCCAACACGGUGACUGUGGGGAACGGUGUGGGCUUCUUCCUCCGACCCUACAACUUCUUUGAUCAGGACCCCUCCUUCGAGUCUGCAGACUCUGUCUAUUUCCGGGAGGACCAGGAUGCUGGGGCCUGCGAGGUCAACCCCCUGGCUUGCCUUCCCCAGGCUGCUGCCUGUGCCCCAGACCUCCCCGCCUUCUCCCACGGGGGCUUCUCUCACAACUAAGGGGUCCCC